AUGAAGGCUGGUCCUGUGCCAAAGCACAUAGCAUUCAUUAUGGAUGGGAAUCGCCGCUUUGCUAAUCGCCAUCAACAGGUCACAACUGCAGGACAUCAGUUUGGGUAUUACAAGCUGCUGGAUGCUUUGGAGUGGUGCCUUGAGAUUGGAAUAACGUGCGUCAGUGCAUAUGCAUUCAGCAUUGACAACUUCAAACGUCCCGGGGAUGAGGUUGACAUGCUGAUGAGGCUUGCAGAGGAAAAGCUGGAAGAACUGCUGCAUAGGGAUCUGGUGGAACGGCAUGGCGUUCAGGUCCGAGUGCUAGGGGACCUUAGCCUUCUGCCAGCCAGCGUACAAGCUGCUGCAAAGCGCGCAAUGGACUCUACCAAGCUCCACACGCGGGGCAUACUCAACAUAUGUUUUUCAUACGGGUCUCGGCAAGAAAUGGCGCAAGCUGUGGGGAAGGUGCAGGACGGUGUCAUGUCGGGGGCGCUGUGUCCUGACGAUGUGUCACCGAAUGAUAUUGAGCAGCACCUCUACACAGAGGGGUGUCCGCCUGUAGAUCUGCUGAUACGGACGUCUGGGGAAACCCGCUUGUCAGACUUUCUGUGCUGGCAAGUGCGCCAUGCGCAGCUUGUAUUUGCUGAUGUGCUGUGGCCGGACUUCUCUUUCUAUGACCUGCUCAGAGCACUGCUGCAAUUUCAGAUGGCUUCUACUCAUCUGAAGUCCUUGCAGGCACUGCCGCCAGCUUUGUAA